UGUCGUGUUGAACUCUCUCUUUUAAACUUCCCAAUUUCAUCCUCACUCCUCUUCAAAUCACCAAAAUUGCACUACAACGAAGAAAACGUAAACAGAUUCCGACGGAUCGGUAGAUUGUUGAGAUAUGGCGCGAUACGACAGAGCAAUUACCGUUUUCUCGCCGGACGGCCACCUAUUUCAGGUCGAGUACGCUCUCGAAGCCGUGCGCAAGGGUAACGCCGCCGUCGGUGUUCGCGGCUCCGACACUAUCGUACUCGCCGUCGAGAAGAAAUCCACACCUAAGCUUCAGGAUUCAAGGUCUGUGAGGAAGAUUGUCAACCUAGAUGAUCACAUAGCAUUGGCAUGUGCAGGCCUGAAGGCAGAUGCUCGUGUUUUGAUAAAUCGGGCACGUAUAGAAUGCCAGAGCUAUAAGCUUACAAUCGAGGAUCCUGUAACUGUUGAAUACAUAACUCGCUAUAUUGCUGGUCUUCAACAAAAGUAUACACAAAGUGGUGGUGUGAGACCUUUUGGCCUUUCAACCUUGAUCAUUGGGUUUGAUCCACAUACACAUACUCCAUCACUUUAUCAGACAGAUCCAUCUGGCACUUUUUCAGCGUGGAAAGCCAAUGCUACUGGGAGAAACUCUAACUCCAUCAGAGAGUUUCUUGAGAAGAACUACACAGAAACAUCUGGCCAAGAAACCUUGAAGUUAGCCAUCCGUGCUCUAUUGGAGGUUGUUGAAAGCGGAGGAAAGAACAUUGAAGUUGCUGUAAUGACUAGAGAGCAGGGACUUCGCCAACUUGAAGAAGCUGAGAUUGACGCCAUAGUUGCUGAUAUAGAAGCGGAGAAGGCUGCUGCAGAAGCUGCGAAGAAGGCCCCUGCAACCAAGGAAACUUAAGCUCUUGUACUUCUUUAAACGCUUCACAUUAUUACUUUUUGUGAAUUGCAUUGCUGAUUAUGGUCUCUGCAGUUGCUCAUUUAGAUUAUUUGUGUCAAGGCCAACAUUUUCAGUUUAUUAUCACGACUUGAAGUGUAUUGAUAGUUUGAUGGUCA